ACUUAGCCAAGCAUUAAGUUUAGCUCCUGAUCAUUGAACCGGGGUUUCAUUGAGAGACCAAGUGGCACCAAUCAAAAUUUUUAAAAAUAAUAUCUUUUGGAUAAACUGAGAAAAAAGUGAAGAUGUAUAAGUUCGUGGCUCUAUUUGUUAUCCUGUGCGGGAUAAGCGUUGGAUUCUCAACCCCAGUUCGAAAAGCUAUCGUAUAUCAGCGACAGACAUUGCCGUAUAUGGCCCGUCAGCAGACUAUGUAUGGAUUCCAUUAUCAAAACCAACAGAGGCAAAACGAUCAUCGUUCCACUGGAGUUUCGGCUUUUGCUGUAGGAAAUACAAUUGCUCCCGGAUCAUAUCUAAAGGAUGCUGAAAGUGCCGAACUGCCAGCCCAAGAUGAGCAUGAUGUGCAUUCUGAUGUAGAAGCUCUGCCGGAGUCUGAUUUUGUGCCAAUCGAAGAUGAAACUCUGAGCGAUGUACCAACCGAUAGUGAUCAGGAAGCUGACGAAACGAAUGCUUAUGAGCCCGCCGCUGCUCCAGCUUUCUUACCUGUAGUUCCUGCCGUGAUCCCGGUAGCAGUACCGAACAAGACGAAGAAGGUUUUCGUUCCGACUGAAUCCGACGAAGACGAAAAAGAGGUCCAGGUCAGUCGUCGCGGCGGAAAAGUUCCAGCUCUCCCAAAUAGUUAUUUCCCAAUCAAUUUUGGAAGCACCAAUGGAGGUGCCAUUGCUGUCGCCAAUGCGUAUAGCACUGGAAAGGGAGGGUCAGCCACGAGUACUUCUAACGCUUACGGAAGCCCAGCAGCCGCUGAACUGAGGAGAGCUUCGCCAGUGCAACUGAGACGAAAACCUGCCAAGCUCCGUGCCAGGAAAUAUUAGGGCUCAUAUGAAACAGGAAAACAUCUCAAACAUCUCAAACUAUCAAAUAAUACUCAACUUUGCCGUAGUUUUAUUACGUAAAAAUCUCAACUCGAAUCGAUUAGCGUUUAAAUUCUGAAAAUUGGCAAACAUUCACUAUUUAUUACAAAUCAAAAUGACUUCUCGCGAAAUCAUCUCCAAUAUAAUAAAUCUAAAACCGA